AUGGCUCGUGCUUUACUUUCUGCUAUUGUGGAGCAGCUUGGUCCUUUCAUUUCUUCAGAGUUCACGUUGACUGCAACUGUUAAACAAGAAGUCCAAAAGCUUGAAACCAAAUUCUGUACCAUCCAGGCAGUGCUCAACGAUGCUGAGAAGAGGCAGCUGAAGGAGGAAGCUGUGAAGCUUUGGUUAGAUAAGCUCAAACGCGUAUCCUACGAGAUGUACGACGUGUUGGAUGAGUGGAACACUGCCAUGAUCAAAGAAGAGAUUGAGAAACAACAAAAAGUCGAAGAAAAAGCUCAAACUAGCACUGCUCAGAAGAGGAAGGUAUUGCCCAACUUCAAUUUCUCAGUUCCUAAUUUUUUUCAGAAUCGUGAUAUUGCUCAUAAGAUAAAAGAACUGAACGAAAAAUUAGAUGAGAUUAACUAA